AUGUUCCGCUUGAGCCACAUUCUCUUCGUUCUUCUCGUCAUUUGCCUGGUCGCCUAUUCGAUUCCAACGACGUAUUCGAAAAACAAAGUGCUAAAUAAUAUUUUCAAGCAGAUUCAUAACAAGAAUGCUGCUGGUGAUGUGUUCCCUGUCGAGCGCUACUUCAACGACGCUCCAUAUGGCUUGAACGACGAGCAGAACUAUUUUGUAAUUGUGUGA